AUGGCUGGCUGGAGGUCCGAGCAGGCUCCGCCGCAGAGGGACGAUCCGCGCCGCGCCGCCGCUCCCGGGGAAUAUCCGCGUCCGUGUCGUCCGCCGGUGCCGGUGCCGGUGCCCGGGGUCCGAGCCGCGGCGGGGGCGCACCGGGAUCAUGCGGGCAGCUCGGACCUCGGGCUGUGCGUAAUGGCGUCCUCCGCGGACUCUCCGGUGAUCCAGAAACAGUCCGAGCGGGCUGAUGAGGAUUUGGCUUCAGUCCUGACCAGUGGCAGCCUGGAUGUCCAAAAUGGCAGCCAGUGUGCAGAGGGAUCAGGGCCGGUGACAGAGGCUGCUUUGGAGCCACAGGACCAAACCUCGCCCAGUUCAGCAGCAGGUAACCUCCAGCAGCGGCCUGUCGGAGCUGCACUGACCAGCAGGCGUGAUGCUCUAUCAAUCAAUGGGAAAAAGCCAGAGGUGGGCGGGACUUCAGAGCCAGCCUCUCAGGAAACAGGCAAGAUUGGUGGGUUCAGGCAGCCAAUUACAGUCAAGACUGGAGUGCCUGUUCUGCGCAGCCAGCCAAUAAGAAUCAAAAUUGUGGUUCCCCCACGGUGCAAGAGGCCAAUCACGAACUCUGCCAUCAGCCUGACCAAAGACUUUGCUCGCUCUCACUUCAGGAGGCCUGUGCUGCUCUCAGCCGGAGCCAAGCGCCGGAGCAAGAUCCACCUGUCAGCCGUCAAAGAUGAAGCACAGAUCAUGGAGGUCACUUAUCACAAGACUGAGGAGGGAGCUGAAGAAAUGGAGGCUCAGAGGGGGGAGAAGAAAUGCAAAGAGACGGACGUUUUAGACUUUAAAAUCGUGCACUUUGACGGCUCACAAGCUCCUUUUAUCUCCAGCAGCAACGCCGUGAAGCUCCUGAGCCAGCAGAGGGUGAAAGAGGAGACCGCCGAGAGGGAAGUCGGGAGAAAUGUUCCUCUGAUUCUGCGAGAAACGGACUUGAAGUCUUGUUUUGAGGAGGAGCAGACGGAGCCGCUGGACCUGAGUUUACCCAAGAGAAGGGAGAGUCGAGAGCGGCGGUGUGGACGGUUCCUGGAGGACUCUGGCGCCGAGAGCUCCCUGAUCAUGGAGUCCCUCCUGUCUCCCUCCUCCUUCUCCACCUCCGUCUUCACCUCCCUCUCCUCCGCAGACUGUGACACCGAAAGCCUCCUGCUCAUCGACGACCAGGGAAUCCCGUACACGCUCAGUCCGGACGGGCUCAAAGUGCCGCAAGUCGAUGCUUCCACGUCGGAGGAGUCGGACCAGGCCAAGCCAGCAGAGCCGGAGGCCGAGUUGUCCGAGGCGUCGAGCCCACAGAAGCUCCAGACGCUUCGGUUCCUGCGGAUCCGGCUCCGGAGGCCGUCCUGCCACCUCCCUCCCAGCCCAUCCAGAUCCUCGCCAACCCUCCGGCCGGCGCCCCCAUCCUCCUGCUGUCCUCCCAGCUCUCCUCCCCCCCGGUGGGCCUCCCCCUGCAGGUGGCCUCCCCCGUCUACCUCCACCCCCAUCGCCGUCCUGGACCCGUCCACCGGCCAGCUCUCCCAGAUCACGGCGGCCUCGGCUCCGGUGUCCCUCCCCCUGGCGUCCCCCCUGCCUCACCCGGUCAUCAGACUGAGCCCCAGCAACCCCCCCGUCAUCCUGAACAGCUCCGUCGUCGCCGUGUCCUCGUCCUCGUCCUCGCUGCAGGACGAGCACCGCGGCGCCGCUCAGAUCAGCUACAGCGAAUCAAACCCGGGAACUGAAGCCAUGUCUGCCGAAGACGACGAAAACAAGCCAUUCCCAGCGUCCCCCCCGCUCCCUGCUGGUUCCGACCCAGCUCAGCCCGCAUCAGAGCCAGAGGUCCAGUCCCCGGCCUCGGACUCCAGGUUCGACCCGUCUGACCUCCCGUCUGAACACUUACCUCUGGACGACCACCUGUACUUCUCCAGCACCGCUCCCCCCUCCCCUCCCAUCGGACCGCUCUUCUCCUCCGGUAAGCUCGACCCGCUGGACCCCCUGGACCCUCUGUCUCCGGGGGCGUCGCCCAACAACAUGGGGUCCCGCCGGGUUCUGUACUGCCAGCUGUGCCCGCGGGUCUUCUUUUACCUCUCGGACCUGGAGCGCCACGCCAUCACCCACUCGCAGAAGAAACCUCACGUCUGCCAGCAGUGCGGGAAAGCCUUCAAACGCUCCAGCCACCUGCAGAUUUAA